UCUCCGGUGGCGCCACUGCCGCUCCCGCCGAACACAAUUAUAAUCACGUGACCGCUGUGACGGGAAACACAUGUGCUUGUUUAUGCUUUCCGUGAGUUCUAAUUUACAAUCGAAGUUAGUUCUUCAAUAAAUAAACAAAACCAUGGGACGAUUGGCAGCAAUUGCAGGUGACGAGGCGACUGGAGAAAAAUCCCGUACAUUUGUAUUUAACGAUGAGGGUCACACGUUGGGAAACGUGCUGCGAUCUGUCAUCUCGCAAUACCCAGACGUACAAUUUUGUGGUUAUACAGUGCCUCACCCCUCGGAGGCGAAGAUGCACUUCAGGAUACAGAUGAAGCGAGGAAGGGCUGUGGAUGCACUGAGACAAGGGCUGCAGGACGUCGAGAAACUGUGUGAUCACACGACUAAGACAUUCACUCGAGCCUGGGAGGCAUUUCAACAAACGUCAACCUCGACGGAAUGAAAACUAAUCGGUACAUAAGCUUCUUUUCGUUAAAAACAUAAGAGAAUAAUCAUCUGGAGAAUUGGAGCCAAAUGCUCAAUUUUUUUCAUUUGUUAAAACAUGGAAUUUGCGUAAUUUAAUGAAAUUUAAGUAGAGAAUAUAUAUUGUACACUUCACAUCAAAUAUAGCUGUUACUUUUUUAAUAUAAAA